UCUCAGUACAAUUCCGAACUUUUGACGGGACAGUUUGGCGAGUGCAACGUUCCAAGACGCAUAAUGUUCAAAGCUAUUACUUCGAUUGCCUCACGACGUGCUUUGCUAUUAAAAUCAUCAAAUAUCAGGAUGGCUUCUUCGUAUUUGAUUGACGAUCCAAAAUACUCCUUUUUGAAGGAUUUGGGCUUGGAACGCACGAAUUACGGCGUUUAUGAUGGCGAAUGGAAAGGAAGUGGUCCCGCGUUGAAAAGUAUCGAUCCUGCGACGGGAAAUGUGAUUGCUGAAACUGUCACUGCUUCCGUUGCUGAUGCCGAACGUUGCAUUCAAGUCGGAAACGAAAGUUACAAGCAAUGGGCGAAUCUUCCUGCUCCUCAACGUGGCGAAAUUAUCCGUCAAAUCGGCGAGGAACUGAGGAAAUAUUUGGACCCCUUGGGUCGUUUAGUUUCGCUUGAAAUGGGAAAAAUCUUGCCCGAAGGUAUCGGCGAAGUUCAAGAAUUCGUCGAUAUUUGCGAUUAUGCUGUCGGAUUAUCUCGCACGUACAGCGGGCAACUUUUACCUUCCGAACGCGGCAAACAUCUCAUCUUGGAAAAAUGGAAUCCUUUGGGAUUAAUUGGAGUCAUUUCCGCUUUUAACUUCCCGUGUGCCGUUUUUGGAUGGAAUGCUGCAAUCGCGAUGGCUGUUGGCAAUUCUGUGCUUUGGAAGGGAGCUCCAACUACCUCUUUGGUGUCUGUGGCAACAACAAAAAUCGUCACUGAAGUGCUAAAACGCAAUAAUUUACCUCCCGUUGUGACUUUGUGUCAAGGCGGCACCGAUGUCGGCAAGAAAAUGGUCUCGGAUCCACGCGUAAAAUUACUUUCCUUCACAGGAAGUACCGCCGUUGGUCGCGAAGUUGGCGUCGAAGUUCAACGUAGAUUCGGAAAAUUCAUUCUCGAACUCGGAGGCAAUAAUGCGUUGCUUGUGAAUGAAGAUGCUGACUUUAACAUGGCUUUAGAUGCCGCAUUUUUCGGUUGUAUUGGCACUGCGGGACAACGUUGCACUACAACUCGUCGUUUAAUCAUCCACGAAAAGCUCUACGAUGAAUUUUUGGCUAAACUGAAGACUCGUUACGGAAAUGUCUUGAAGCGCAAAGGACAUCCUUUGGAAAAAGAGACCUUGUAUGGUCCCUUACAUAACCAACAAGCAGUUGACAACUACAAAAAAACGAUCGACGAGGCGAAAAAAUUGGGCGGCAAAAUCGAAACUGGCGGAAAUGUCAUCGACGGACCCGGAUUUUUCGUCGAACCAACAAUUGUCACUGGCUUACCGCACGAUUCGCCCGUCAUUCAAAAAGAAACCUUCGCUCCAAUCGUUUAUUUGUUGAAAGCAAAGAAUCUCGAUCAAGCAAUUGAAUGGAAUAACGAAGUUGAACACGGAUUAUCGUCAGCUUUGUUCACGAAAAAUAUCGGAUCGACUUUCCAAUGGAUUUGCGAAAACGGAUCGGAUUGCGGCAUCGUCAAUAUCAACACAAGUCCAUCAGGUGCGGAGAUCGGAGGAGCUUUUGGCGGCGAAAAAGCUACUGGAGGCGGUCGGGAAUCAGGUUCGGAUGCUUGGAAACAAUACGUGAGACGAGCAACUGUUACGUUGAACUACUCGCCUGAACUUCCCUUGGCACAAGGAAUCGUUUUUGAAUAAAUAACUCGUUUUAAAGAAAAAUAAAAAA